GCAUGGACGGCAUGCGCUACAGAUGUUUGGAAUCGCGACAAGGAUAUGGUAGACAAGUGGAACCGGGAGAUCGAUACUCUCCUCGUCUUCGCUGGUCUUUUCUCCGCGGUGGUCACAUCCUUCAAUGUCCAGUAUUAUCCGCAGCUCCAGACCUCGACCCCACCCAAAGCUUCGGCAAUU